AUGAGGCUAACCGUUGGAAGUGAUACAUCUGCUUUUCAACAGACAAUGGAUUUUGCAAAAUGGCUUUUGGAUAUAGGAGAAGGGAAACUUGGUGGUUUUAAUGAUGGCGAAGAGAUUAUUGAUAUUCCGGAUGAUCUUCUAAUUAAUGAUCCUUAUGAUCCUAUAGGUUCGUUAAUCGAGUUUGUAUAUCCUUCAAUUCUUGAAGCUUCUAGCAAUCCAGAAUAUUUUCAAGAAAGAGCAAUACUUGCUCCAAAAAAUGAAGUUUUCGGAAAAAUAAAUGAUCGUUUGCUAGCAUUAUUUCCAGGAGAUGAAGUUGAAUAUCUAAGUUCAUAUAAACUAUGUGAAUCUGAGUUUGUCCAUGAUCACUUUGAUGCCAAUUUAUACUCACCUGAUGUUUUAAAUGGUCUUAAAGUCUCAGGUCUGCCUAAUCAUAAGUUAGCUUUGAAAGUCGGGGUUCCAGUUAUGUUACUGAGAAACAUUGAUCAAAAAAAUGGCUUAUGUAAUGGCACUAGACUACAGGUGAUAUCUUUGGGCAAACGUGUUAUUGAGGCAGUUAUCAUAACUGGAAGUACUAUUAGAAAUCAGACCUUUAUUCCAAGAAUGACCGUAACACCAUCUGGAAAAAAAAAAUCCCAUUCAAAUUCCAAAGAAGACAAUUUCCAUUAA